AUGGCUGCGCAACACGGGAUGCCCAACCUGGCCCUGCGGGUCCUGGAAGAAACGCUGGGCGUGAGCUUGCCAGCAGCUGGGGAUACCGCGGAUGCGGUGGCCGCAGAAGGCGCCUACUACCUAGAGCAAGUCACAAUAACUGAAACACCUGAAGAUGAUUAUGGAUAUGAAGAGAUACCAGAUGAUAAUUUCAGUAUUCCAGAAGGCGAAGAAGAUCUGGCAAAAGCAAUUCAGAUGGUCCAAGAACAGGCUACAGAUACUUCUAUUUUGGAGCAGAAAACAAUUCUUCCUUCGAAGCAUGCAGUAUCUGAAGUAAUAGAAGACUUUCUCUGCAAUUUCCUGAUUAAAAUGGGAAUGACUCGAACUCUUGAUUGCUUUCAAUCUGAAUGGUAUGAACUAAUACAGAAGGGAGUAAUUGAACUUAGAAAUAUUGAGAAUGUUCCAGAUGUUUAUACUCAGAAUAUGGUUUUAGAAAAUGAGAACAAAAAUUUGAAGAAAGAAUUGAAGCACUACAAGCAGGCAGCUGAGUAA